UCACAUUAUUAGGCUGAAAUAACCAGAAUGUAACUGAAGCUCUCUUAUUGGUGGACAUAUUAAUGGAAACAACAUUAUUGGGCGACGUGAUGAAGUCAUUAAGAAGCUUACAAACGUAGAGCCAGAUUAGAUUUUGCUCUUCUAAUCUGACAGAUUAUCACUGCACAGCUCCACUGACCACUAGCUUUCAUGUGUACAAUUCAUGUGUAUUGACCAUUUCUUGUUUUCUUUGAUAAUCAAGAGAGAAAUAGCAAAAUUUACUGCAAAGAUAUUAAAAGAAGAACCCAUUUUGAAAAGCUGCAAGAAAUGGAUGAGCCACAGAUGGAUUAUUUAUCUUGCAGCAGUGCAUUUCUAUAAUCAUUCUAUUUGAGUCUAUGGGAACACUGUUCUUUAGUAAAUACUUCACAUUGUCGAUAAUAGAUGCAGGUGUUUAUGAACUUGGCUGUCGAGGAGAACAAACAUAAAUUGGUCUUUUGUGCAUGCUACGAAUACGCUCAACGCUUUUAGGAAGAGAUAUAUGGCAUCUCUAUCACUGCAAGAAGACAUGGAACCAGAGGCUGGAGAACCACAGGAGAAAGCUUUGAAGUCAUUUGAAGAAUCAGUUAGACAUGCUGUUCCAGAGAUUGAGGAGAAAGAGGAUCUGAGGUGUGAAGAAACUAGUCAGCAGCCCUGCCAGAUGCUUGAGGAGCCAAUCAUAAAGCUGCAGAGAAUGAAAGUCACAGGAAAGGAGGUUGAGAAGACAACAAUGGAAGACGAAGAGGAUGAUGAUGGCAUUGAGAAGAAAGAUAAGAAUGAGACAAAAGAAAUAAAAGAGAUGAAUUAUACUGAAAAUGUAAGCAGUGACGACAGCACAGGAGUCACAGAUGAACCCAUCACCUCAAACACAAACUUCAUUACACCUGAGACCAAAGAAUCAGACAUAGAGGGGAAUCGAAAACUGACAAAGACUCCCAGCUUUGGGAAAACAGUUCGCUUUGCGGAAAUUGAGGAAGUGGAGGAAAAGCAUGACUCAUGGGACAGUCUUUUCCCAGAAUAUGAGGUGGAAGAGUGGACCACCACAAGCUUUGAAGAACUGUUUCUGGCAAAGGAUUGGGUGGACAUUACAGAUGACCGUCUGCUGAGGAAGAAGGUGUUACAACCCAACCCUGACAACGCCCUGACCCCUGCUUGGGGUCAAGAGGUCACACUGAAAAUGCAGGCUGUGCUAGAGGAUAGGACUGUGGUUGAAAAAGACUGCAAGCUGGUCUUCGUUAUCGGAGAAGGAGAUGUCAACCAGGCUCUGGAAGAGUGCGCCAUUUCAAUGAAGUGGGGGGAGAUUGCUUUAAUGCUUGCAGAUUCACAGUACACCUACGGACUGCUAGGAAGAGAUCCUGAUAUACCAGCAUGGGCUCCUCUCCUCUAUCAGUUGCAACUUCUGGACUUCAGAGACAAACAAGACCCGCUUUCACUGCCAAUCCCCGACCGGAUUCGCAUCGCCAACCAGAAACGAGAGCGAGGAAAUUUUUACUUCCAGAGGGAAGAAUACAGUAUGGCAGCACAGGCGUACUGUAUGGCUCUGGAUGUGCUAAUGACAUAUUAUGAAGGUGAAAACUGCGUAGCAGAUGAAGAGGAGGUCAGUGAAUACCGAGUGAAAUGUCUGAAUAACUUGGCAGCAGCACAGCUGAAGCUUGGACAGUUCGAGGAGGCCCUACACACCAGUCAAGAUGUUCUCUUCCUCGAUCCCAACAAUGUCAAAGCACUAUUCAGGAAAGGAAAGCUUUUAUCAGAUAAGGGCGAGUAUGAGGAGGCCAUGGAGACCCUGAAAAAAGCUCUGAAACUGGAGCCGUCCACUAAGGCCAUACACGCUGAGCUGUCAAAGUUGGUAAAAAGACAGGCAGGAGAAAACGAGAUUCAAAACUGGGAAGCUAAACCAGCUCAACUGCUGGGGGAAAACAUAGCACCCUUUUUAACACCUACCCCCAAAAAGAAGCUGACGGGAAUUUCUUGGAAGUUUCUGCUUGGAGCUCUGGUGGUGGCCUUGGGCAGUUUAGUCAUAUCUGUGGUGCUGACCGCACAGAACUAACUCUUUUGACCUACAUGCAAAUGAACUAAGAGUCUCACAAACACACAUUCCACAAAAUGCCAAGAGAUGAGGAGAAAAAAAAUCCACUUUUUAAAGGGCAUCUGCAAGAAAUCAUUAACUCUUGGCACCCCAACUAAAACAAAGCAGAAUGUGUGCACAAAAAAGGGAAAGCAAGUGUAUUACAAAUAUCUAUAAGUUCUGAUCAAUCUGUAUCCACCAAAACUCAGUAAACAAACAGGCAUCAAGAAACA